UUCCAAUUUUAGGUUGAUAUCAUAAUUCCGGUCACCUUUUUCGCUACCCAGGGGGUUAAACGCACGGACAUCCAAUUUUCUACACGGGGGCUUUUUUGUAUCUUGCUCUUCAAAAACCUUCUUAAUGUCUUUGAUGUUCUCAUGCUUCAAAGGUCAAUAUCCAUGCUUCUACCUGAUGAUGAGAUGAAUUGGAUGACGACCCUAAAGUUAAUGAUUAUCUUGUCCUCAAAUCUUUGAUCUUUCAAAUAGUGUUGACGAUCAGCACAGGGCAAUCCUGUGAAACUACCUUGCGGCAGUCGACGACCGCUUAUGGAAGGAAAACUACAUCAUAAAAGUUCCGAUAAAGCAAUGCAUACUCCAUGCAUUCCUCUCCGCUCAUUUCGGACAAAUUUUGCAUCUUGUUGAUGGCUUGCAAUCCAAUCAUGUCGGCCUUUCCUGCGUCUCAUCGAUGCAACCGCUGCAGUAAAUGCCGCACCCGAGGCCAAUUAUCAGGUAUUACCCUUUUUCCCGUGCUUGUACCUUUUUCAUCUUUUGUUCCUGACUAGCUCUGCUCGGUUUCAUUCAAUAUGUACUAAGGGUUUGAGUAGGCUUAACAAUACCGUGUUUUGUGGAGUCGUCUUGCAUAUCCUAUUCAUUCCCUUCUGGGUCACUGGCGACUGCACCCAUGCAACUAUCACUCUACCACCACAGUCCGUAGUUUGUUCGAAGUAUGGGGAAUUUUCAUUCUAGAAAAGUAGUGGACUGAGCAUUCAGAUUCAUUUGAACAAUGCUAUUUCCUUCAAAGGUACUUUCUUCUAUGCAGUGGCCACGGAUGGCCCCUGUGUCCAUAACCCUGGAGCAUGAGUCUUCAAUUUUUUGACAGCGUAAGCAACUGUCACCAGCUAUCCCUAUAUCAUCUCAAUAGUUUUAUAUCCUCACAUGCGAUAUUGUGCCGAGCCUACUGCGAUGAACUUUUUUAAAUCUGGAAUAUAACUAUUAGCAAGUAAGGUGUCGACCUAGAAUUUUCUGCCAAUCACUCUAGAGAUGUAGUGGCAUUGUGACUUACUGAAAUAACUCAUUUGCAAUUAUGAAGUUGUCAAGUAUAAGUUGGCCGCCCCUAAUGUCUGUUACGUAGAUCCGGCAGCAGCUAUCACAUUCUCUUAUUUAAUGGACUUCCACGGAGGUUGAAAGGAGCACGUCGUGCUGAUAUAUACAUUCCGUAAAUAUGACAUUGUCACAGUCGCAGAAUUGGCACUCUUACCUAACAGCUUUGCUCUCACACUGUCUGUCUUCACAGCCUCUCC